UCACUUUCUCGACCACUCCUCCUCACCUUGCGUCUUACCUCUCUGUCCCUCUGUCUGAAACUGUGAAACUUCGUUUUCAGGUUUUUUUUCCAAUUAAAAUUACUUUAUCUUGCUUUAGAUCCCAUACCUCAUACCCCAUCACCCGAAACUUUUACCCUCUCUCUCUCUACCUCACACACUGUCACAACCCACAUGCAUUCUUCUCUUUUUAAACCACAGCCAAACACAGUCACACACACAACAAAGAUAUCAUCCCAUUUCCAAACCAUUCUUUGAGACUCUGUCCUCACUACUCCCUUAGUUCAGCUACAAUGGAAGAAUGCCACUACAAGAAGAGCCAGGUGCCAGCUUUUGGGAGUUGGGAUUGGAACGAUAACCUACAUUUCACACAGUGCUUCGAGUCAGCGAGGCAAGCUGGUUUGCUACGAUGUAGUUACUCUGAGUCUGAGGAACGUGACCUUUAUGUUACAGGGGAUUUGUACGAGAAUAAUGUUGUCACACCCGCCAUGAUCGUUGUUCCUCGCAGAAGGGCAAAGGUGGUUGACCAGCAUGAAAAAGAAACAAAAUUGAAGAAUUGGAUCAGUGAUGAUGUGGAUAGUGAACCACCCAGCCCAACUCCACUGCCAAGGCCGACUUCAAAACCCGUUGAUGAGGACUUGUACAAGAUCUCACCGGGGCUUCUUUAUGCCAAAGCUAAAAAGAAGAGAGGGUUGUGCUUCUUUUCUAGUUGCUUGUUACCAACUUGCGUUGCUUGAAAUUCAGAGAAUGUGGUCGAUGAUAAUGUACAUAUACGUGAGAAAUAGAGGAAUAGAUACUUCAAUUGGAUGAUGCUCAUGUAAAAGCAACAUAUUUUGAGUACAAGAAGACUAUUAUGAUAGUCAUGACAUUGGAAUGGUCUUCUUGCCAAUUUAGAGGGUGGUUUUUUGUUUCGCUUUUUUCUUUUAGUCUUUGUACUAUGGGCUGAGUUGUUGUUAUGACUAACUGUGUUUGAAAAGGUGUGUAAAGAAUGAAAAAGAAAAAGGGUAGAGAAAUUUUUUAUCAGUCCCUA